AUGCCUCCACCUGCCGCAAAGGGAAGGUCCCUGGUGGCCUCGGGCUCUCCAGCGUUGGGCGUGUUGAGGGUGGCAGCAGUGCCGACAGCAGGCGUGCUGCGAGGAGCCUCCUCGCCAGGCGUUUGCGUGGGCUUUGGCAUCGCUGGGAGUCAGACCAGCGCUCCCGCAGCCCAGCCUCGCUCCCCUCUCCUGGGAGGCUUUGCAAUCCUUUCCUUUUCCAGCAGAAGCAUUCACGCUGUAAAGGGAACAGGAGCAGGACUGGGGGUCCCCAUGUCCGUGGGGGGCUAUGAGGCCACCAGCAGCUCACCCUCAGCCAGGUGUCUUGUCGCUAAAACUUCCAGACCCGUUACAGGGGUGUCAGCAAGCUUCUCGCAAACGCCAACGGCAUCGGGAAAAGAGGACGCCAAUGAUAACAUCACCAUAUUCACCAGGAUCUUGGACGGUCUGCUGGACGGCUAUGACAACCGACUGCGCCCGGGACUGGGAGAGAGAAUAACUCAGGUGAAAACAGACAUCUAUGUUACCAGUUUUGGUCCUGUGUCAGACACAGAAAUGGAAUACACCAUUGACGUUUUUUUCCGACAAAGCUGGAAGGACGAAAGGCUGCGAUUCAAAGGACCGAUGCAACGCCUCCCUCUUAACAACCUGCUCGCCAGCAAGAUUUGGACCCCGGACACUUUUUUCCACAAUGGCAAGAAGUCUAUUGCUCACAACAUGACAACCCCAAACAAACUUCUGCGCCUGGAGGAUGAUGGCACCCUGCUGUAUACCAUGAGAUUGACCAUCUCUGCCGAAUGUCCCAUGCAGCUUGAAGAUUUCCCCAUGGAUGCACAUGCUUGCCCAUUAAAAUUUGGAAGCUAUGCUUAUCCCAACUCUGAAGUGAUCUAUGUGUGGACUAAUAGCACCACAACGUCUGUGGUGGUGGCCGAAGAUGGCUCACGACUUAACCAGUACCACCUGAUGGGGCAAACUGUCGGAACCGAAAACAUCAGCACCAGUACAGGUGAAUAUACUAUUAUGACAGCCCAUUUUCAUCUGAAAAGAAAAAUUGGUUAUUUUGUCAUCCAGACGUACCUUCCUUGCAUUAUGACUGUGAUCUUAUCGCAAGUGUCUUUUUGGCUAAACAGAGAAUCUGUCCCUGCUAGGACUGUUUUUGGAGUAACAACAGUCCUCACCAUGACCACCUUAAGUAUCAGUGCCCGUAACUCUUUGCCAAAAGUGGCCUACGCUACGGCAAUGGACUGGUUUAUAGCUGUCUGCUAUGCCUUUGUAUUUUCUGCAUUGAUUGAAUUUGCAACAGUCAACUAUUUCACUAAGAGGAGUUGGGCUUGGGAUGGCAAAAAAGCCCUGGAAGCUGCUAAAAUCAAGAAAAAAGAGCGUGAAAUGCUGGGAAAUAAAUCAACUAAUACUUACAGCACUGGGAAGAUGACCCCUGCACCAAACAUGCCAAAGGACUCAGCCCCACCUGUCAUCUCAAACACUGCAUCUGCUCCAGUGAAGUCUGCAGAAGAAAAGCCUGCUGAAAGCAAAAAGACUUACAACAGCAUCAGUAAGAUUGACAAAAUGUCCCGGAUAAUUUUUCCAGUGCUGUUUGGAACUUUUAACUUAGUUUACUGGGCCACAUAUUUGAAUAGGGAGCCUGUUAUUAAAGGUGCCAAUUCUCCAAAAUAAACUGAAGGACUCUUAAAGCCACAUGUGAGCCAUACUUACAAAACAGAUGCUACCAAGGAAAAUUUGAGAUCCAGACAACUUUCUACAUUUGGGCAAUAUUCUUCAGGAAGUUUUUUGCAUGUUUAAUAAUAUGUACAAAUAAUAUUGCCUUGAUUGUUUCUACAUGUAACCUCAGAUGUUUCAGAGACGAUUAUAUUACUUACAGCAACAGAUCUUUAUAAAAG